UUACGAUUUUCUAUUUUCUGCAAUUCCAUUGAAGAAAAUUAAAUUCUUUCAACAAUUUACGCAUUAUUAUUUAAUUGCAGGACACCAAAAUAAACUAGUUUUAGUUAUUGAGUCCUUAUUAUGAAAUGAAUCGCUUCGAAUACACCCCAGCCCGUCUAUUUGAAGGUGAAUCACUUGUAAGUCAAGAUCGCAAUGUCAAGCUCUACGAUGGCGAUGAUAAGACUCAAUUCGAAGAAGGAGAAGUUGUCCUUACGACACAUCGACUUUUCUGGGGGCGUCCAGGUGAGAUCGCCAAAGCAGCCACGGUUCUCUGUCUCCAGCUGAAGUAUGUGCUGUCGUUGGGCGAGGAAACGGCCAGUUCGUUCAUUUUCGGGCGCAAAAUCCGUAUAAUAGUGCACUUGAAGCCGCUAGCUAGUAAUAAGGCUCCCGGACCAAUGGACUUCAGCACAGCUGGGUUCAUCAAACUCUCAGGUAAAAAUGGUCUGAAUAGAGAAUUCUCGAUGGCGCUGUGGGAAACGACGGAGGCACGAGUGUGGGAAGUUCGCUGCAACCUUCCGCCGCCUGGCCCCGGCUCUGAUACACCUUCACCGCGUAACGAAAGCAUUCCGAAGAUCAAGCUUCGCACCGGAAUCGGUGGAAUCGAGAAAUCCAUCGAGCAGAAGCACAAACAAACCAACGAGAAUAUUGCGCUGGCUUUUCAGGACUUGAAAGUUUUGAUGGCCAUGGCCAAAGAUAUGGUUGGUAUUUCCAAAGAGAUCAGUACCAGGAUUCGUGAGCGGAAAGGUGAAAUUUCCGAAGACGAGACAAUUCAAUUCAAAUCCUACCUCAUGAGUCUGGGCAUUGACGAUCCGGUGACUCGAGAUGCGUUCAGCAGUAAUUCGGCGUACUUCAAGAGCCUCGCCCGGCAGAUAUGUGAACUUCUUUUAGAUCCAAUAGAGGAAUCUGGUGGAAUGAUGUCACUAGCUGAUGUCUAUUGCCGUGUAAAUCGAGCUCGUGGUUUAGAAUUACUCUCUCCCGAGGAUCUUCUCAAUGCUUGCCAUUACCUAGAUGGACCAAUCAAGCUGCGCCAAUUUCCCAGUGGAGCUCAAGUCCUUCAACUGGAAUCACAGGAUGACGAAAUUGUUGCAAGGGACACAGCCGACAAAGUAGAAGCUGCCUCAUCAUUGGCCAUUGAAGAACUUUCCAAGGAAAUGAAGAUUUCUCUAUUAUUGGCCAAGGAAAAGCUAUUGGUUAGCGAAAGAAUGGGACUGAUAUGUCGAGAUGAAUCAAUAGAGGGACUCAGAUUUUAUCCGAAUUUAAUUCUACUUAAACAGGAUAAUACCGUUGUAGAUUACUAAUAGAAGUAGUAGCGCCUUUGUAAAGUUUUAUUUUUUGUUUUUCUUUUUUUCCAAAAAAUUAUUACCGUUUGUGUCGCAAUUACAUGCAUAUUAUGUAAACAUUAUUAACAUAAAAUAUAUGAAAAUAUAAGAGCUUUUUAAAUUUUAACAAAAGUGUU